GUGGAAUAGAAGUAUAAAGUUGCAAAGCAUGGAAAUACCCAAGUAAAGUACGAGUACCUCAAAUUUGUUCUUAAGUGCAGUGCUUGACAAAAAUGUAUUUAGCUACGUUCCACCACUGGAAAUACUGCAAAACUUGUUAACGUUGUUUAACAAGAUCAAUGUUGCUUCAUUUUGUAGUAAAUGAAACUGUUUUGAGAGCUGCGGUUUAUUUGAGAAGCCUGUAAAUGUAAAUGUAGUCAUGAUAGACUGUGCAGACUAGAAACAGUGGCUUCCUGUUUUCUGUACAAUCACCAAAAGAGGAAGUAAGAGACAGUUCAUGUACGAAUACCCCUCUGCUUAUGAGCAGCCGCUGUCAGCGUGUGAAUCAGAUGGCAAUCACAGUUGUUAUUGAAGCAGCGCCUUGAGACAGAUGUGAUGUAGGCUCGCGAUUACAAGGGAGCUGAUGAGAAAAACAUGGAGGAAAAGAGCGUUGCUGAUAAAACAGACGAGGUUUCUCGAGUUUCCUCUUUCCAGGCUGUGGUUCAUCAUUUCCAACCCAGCUACAGCGCUCAGAGUGGAGGCAAUGUGGUUGCUCCCUCCAUCAUUGGUUGUAGCUUUAGCAACCUAAACAUCAGUAUCAUCUCAACGGGCCAAGGUUCAUCAAAAGAAGCAUUGAACAAUGAAACUGCAGAAAACUGUGGUACCCCGCAGCCCCAAAACAAUAAGAUCGUAGAAUGUCAGGAGAAACUAAAAGAUACUCUGAAGAGGAAGUUCAGCCACCUGCUAGAGGGCAUGACGACUGAAGCAAACAGGAUACCUCUCAAUAAGAUCUACACAGAGCUCUACAUCACCGAGGCAGGAAGUGGUGAAGUCAAUAAGGAGCAUGAGGUGAGACAGAUUGAGACGGCAUCCAGGAAACAUGUGGAGCAGGAGAAAUCAAUCCACUGCAAUCACCUCUUUGUUCCUCUACUGGUGCGAGACCACCACGUAAGAACUGUGAUCACAAGGGGAAUCGCCGGCAUUGGAAAAACCGUAUCUACCAAUAAAUUUUCACUAGACUGGGCUGAUGGGGAAGCAAACACCAACCUGUCAUUUGUAUUUCCUCUCUAUUUCCGAGAGCUGAAUUCGAUGAGAAAGCAAACCUUCAGUCUAGUGGAGCUUCUCAGUGUCCUUUACCCCGAAACUAAAGGCACAGGAAUCUUUACGCACGGUAAUAACAAAAUGCUCUUCAUCCUGGACGGUCUGGACGAGAGCCGCCUGUCUUUGGACUUCCACAAAAGUGAAAUAGUGUCUGAUGCGAAGCAGACGACCACGAUUGCAGUGCUUCUGAUCAACCUCAUUAGGGGAAGACUGCUUCCUAUGGCUCUGGUUUGGAUAACAUCUCGCCCGGUAGCCUGCAGUCAGAUCCCUCUGGAGUACGUUGAUCUAGUGACAGAGGUGCGAGGGUUCAACAACACCCAGAAAGACGAGUACUUCAGGAGGAAGAUUGGUGACAAGAGCGCAGCAAACAGGGUGAUCAAGCAUGUGAAAUCCUGCAGGAGUCUUCACAUCAUGUGCCACAUACCAGUCUUCUGCUGGAUGGCGGCGAGUGUUCUUGAGAAGAAGUUGCAGACGACAGACAGUGAAGACAUGCCGAAGACCCUCACUCAAAUGUACAUACACUUCUUGUCCAUGUACGUGGAGAGCAUGGAGAAGCGGCUACCUGGAAGAGAGCCAAAUGUUGAAUGCAUGAGAGCUAACCUCAUCUCACUGGGGAAACUGGCCUUCAAAGAGCUUGAGAGGGGCCACUUGAUCUUCUAUGAGAGCGACCUCAUCCAGAACGGUAUUAAAGUCACGCAGGCGUCCAUGUUCUCAGGAGUCUACACGCAGAUCUUCAAUGAGGAGCGGACACUGUGCAAGGAGAAAAUGUUCUGCUUCGUGCAUCUGAGCGUCCAGGAAUUCUUUGCUGCGUUGUUUGUCUACCUCACGUUCCACAACGACAACAUCAACAGCUUGGUGAAGAAGUCCUCCGCUUCUAGAUUUCUCCCGUUCAGAGAUUCAUCAGAGGUCAUCCUCUACAAAGAAGCGGUAGAAAAGGCUUUGCGGUGUGAAGAGGGACAUUUUGACAUCUUUCUGCGCUUCCUUUUAGGCCUCUCUCUGGAAUCCAAUCAGACUCUGUUGAAGCAUGUAAUGACCUCCAACAGAUCAAAAGCAAGUACCAAAACGGAGAUCAUUAAACACAUAAAGGAGAGGAUCAGGGGAAGUCCGUCCGCAGACAGAUGCCUCAAUCUUUUUCACUGUCUGAAUGAGCUGAAUGACCACUCUCUCGUGGAGGAGAUUCAGGGCUACCUCCGCUCGGGCAAUCUCAACAAAGCCAAACUUUCACCUGCCCAGUGGGCCACUCUUGUCUUUGUAUUACUGACAUCAGAAAAAGAGCUGAGUGUGUUUGAACUGAGCAACUUCACCAGGUCAGAGGAAGGUCUUCUGAGGCUGCUGCCUGUCAUGAAAACAGCCCGAGUGGCAAAUCUAAAUGCAUGUAAUCUCACUGCGGCCAGCUGUGACAUCCUGGCGAAUAGCAUCAACUCAUCCCAAAUUAGAGAGCUGGACCUGGGCAACAAUAACCUGACAGAUGAAGGAAUGAUACGGCUCUCUGAUGUAUUGAAGAACAGCAAACUGGAGACAUUCAGACUGAAGAGCUGCAACUUAACAGCACACAGCUCCGAUGCCCUGGUCUCUGUCAUCAGCUCAGCCUCCAGCCAGCUGAAAGCCCUGGACCUCUCUGACAAUGACUUCAUGGACGUCGGAGUCAAAAAGCUCUCUAGUGGACUGGGGAGUCCUCACUGUAAACUGGAGAUACUCAUUUUGUCCUUAUGCAGAGUGACAGAGGAAGGCUGCACUUUUCUGGCAUCUGCUUUGAACUCGUCCCGUCUGAGAGAACUCGACCUGAGCUACAACCACCCAGGAAACUCGGGCCUGCAGCUGCUGUCUGCGCUGCAGGACGACCCACACUGCAGCCUGCAGGAACUCAGUGUGGAACAAUGUGGUGAAUCCAGGGUUCAGCCAGGCCCAAAGAAAUACACCAAGAAACUCACCCUGGACCCAAACACAGCACACAGAGACCUUUCUCUGUCUGAAGGAAACAGGAAAGCUACACGUUGGACCAAGCAGCCAUAUCCUGAUCACCCAGAAAGGUUUGAUUUCUGGAAUCAGGUGUUGUGCAAGGAGGGGCUGACUGGGCGCUGCUACUGGGAGACCGAAUGGAGGGGGAGAGCUUUCAUAGGAGUAGCCUACAGAAGGAUGUGCAGGAAGGGGGAAGGUCACGACAGCUGGUUAGGCAAAAAUGACUCUUCUUGGGGACUAAACUGCACCAAAGAUGGCUACCAGACCUGGCACGCAGGCGUGAAGACUGCUUUAACCAUCCCACCCCGCUCCAAUAAAGUAGGAGUCUACCUGGACUGGUCAGCGGGGACACUGGCUUUCUUCUGUGGUGCACUGACCCUCCUCCACACCUUCCACACCACCUUUACUGAGCCUGUGUACCCAGGGUUUCGGCUUGGCUGGGUGGACUCCACAGUGUACUUGUGCUGAAUAUUACUUUGACAUAGUGACACGUCUUUCUCCCUGCUCUUGAGCCUUAAACUUAAAUUACAUUUGUGGUUAAUCCAGAUAACAAAAUAACAAGUUUCAACCUCUAGUUGUAUCCAUAGACUGUAAAUAAGAAGCGGACGUAGUCAGCGUGAUGUCGCCACUUGGCAGGCAUGACCUUUAGGUGUGCAUGAGUUUUGCACUUUGAUGUCUAAUGUACUAGAAGGGGAGUCAACGUUCUCAUGGACUUCAUUGUGUAUUUAUUUUUACCUUAAGCAAUAUUGUCGGGUUUACUUGUUACCUGCCUGUUUGGUGUAGUUGUUAUGACUAAUGCUGCGUACAUCUGGUUCACUUGACUGAACAUUAGCCAGGUCUGAUGAAUCAGUGGCAAUUGAUACUGGAUUUUGAAACCAAUACUGAUAUCAGAGUUAUAAAUAUCUGAUAUCGUCCGCUAUUCAUUUCUCUUUACAUAAACUCGUAGAUCCUUUAAAUUUGCUGGCGGUGUGGUUCUAGACAUGACAUUGUCGGUCCACCGCUUUGAUCCAGACAAAUAAUCUCUUUGAUGACAUUUGGAUGAAUCCUACGGACUUUAAUGAGUCCUGAAUUAUGCUUCAGUGCCACGUGAGGUUAACAUUUGUGGUUUUGAGUGAAAUCGAGUACAGACAUUCAUGUUCCUCCUCGUCAUGAAUUGUAAUAACUUCGAUGAUCCCUAAACCAUGAACAAAAUUCCAUCACCUCCUUUGUAUUUGUGUGGAAGCACAAAUACAGAACAUAUUCCUCCAUACUUUAUAAAACCAAAUCUAUCUGCAUGGCUAGAUAUUAAUAAAUAAAUAAAAUGUUUUGUUCUAGAAAGCACUUGUAAAGCAAUAUGAAUGUAUUUUGAUGACAAGCAAAAUAUGUCCAUAUAAAUAUAUAUAUUUUGUAAUAAAGCUUUUCGUCAGUGAAGACACAAGAACCACGA